UGACACGCAUAUAUGUAGUGUAUAGUAUAUACACCCGCUUUCAAAGAUCUACUCUGUCUCUCUGCUUCUCAAAAAUGGCAUUCAUAGCCGCCUCUUCUCUCUCCUCCAAAUAUCUCCUCCUCUAUCCACACCAACCUUUCACACCCAUCUUCAACUCCAAGCCCCGCCACCACAAACCCAUCUCAGCCAUCCACGCCGCUGACCCUUCAAAGUCCUCCAAAUCAACAGACAUCACUACAAGCAGCAGCACCCCAGUUCCCAUUCAAUGGAGCCUCGAAAGCUGGAAAUCCAAGAAGGCUCUUCAGCAGCCAGAAUACCCGGAUCAGAUAGUGCUGGACUCAGUUCUGAAGACCCUGGAGUCAUUCCCUCCAAUCGUGUUUGCUGGCGAAGCCAGGAGCUUAGAGGACCGUUUGGCUGAGGCAGCUCAAGGAAAAGCGUUUUUGCUUCAAGGUGGUGACUGUGCUGAGAGCUUCAAGGAGUUCAAUGCCAACAACAUUCGUGACACCUUCCGUCUUCUUCUCCAGAUGGGUGUUGUUCUCAUGUUCGGUGGCCAAAUGCCCGUAGUCAAGGUGGGGAGAAUGGCGGGUCAGUUUGCAAAGCCAAGAUCAGAUCCAUUUGAGGAGAAGGAUGGAGUGAAGCUGCCAAGUUACAGAGGAGACAAUAUCAAUGGUGAUGCAUUUGAUGCAGAAUCAAGACUUCCAGAUCCCGAAAGGAUGAUUAGAGCCUAUUGCCAAUCAGUCUCAACUUUGAACCUCUUAAGGGCAUUUGCCACAGGAGGAUAUGCAGCAAUGCAGAGAGUCACCCAUUGGAAUCUUGAUUUCAUGGAGCACAGUGAGCAGGGGGAUAGGUACCGUGAACUGGCUCACCGAGUUGACGAGGCCCUUGGAUUCAUGGGUGUUGCUGGACUCACUUCAGACCACCCAAUCAUGACUACAACAGAUUUCUGGACAUCUCAUGAAUGCUUGCUUCUGCCUUAUGAGCAAGCACUUACAAGAGAGGAUUCUACUUCUGGGCUGUCCUAUGAUUGCUCCGCUCACAUGCUUUGGGUGGGAGAACGCACCCGACAACUUGAUGGUGCCCAUGUUGAGUUUUUGAGAGGAGUUUCUAAUCCUCUCGGCAUCAAGGUGAGUGACAAAAUGGAUCCAAAUGAGCUUGUUAGGCUCAUAGAUAUUCUAAACCCUAAAAAUAAACUUGGAAGAAUAGCAGUGAUUGUAAGAAUGGGAGCUGAGAACAUGAGAGUGAAGCUUCCUCAUCUGAUCAGAGCUGUCCGUAGAGCAGGUCAAUUUGUCACUUGGGUUAGUGACCCUAUGCAUGGGAAUACCAUUAAAGCUCCUUGUGGACUUAAAACCCGGUCUUUCGAUGCAAUCAGGGCUGAGGUGAGGGCAUUCUUUGAUGUACAUGAUCAAGAAGGAAGCUACCCUGGUGGAGUUCAUCUAGAGAUGACUGGGCAGAAUGUAACAGAAUGUGUAGGAGGCUCACGAACUAUAACAUAUAAUGAUCUAAGCUCACGUUACCACACCCAUUGUGACCCAAGGCUGAAUGCUUCUCAAUCUCUAGAGCUUGCCUUUAUCAUUGCAGAGCGGCUUCGAAAGAGAAGGCUUGGGUCGAGGCAUAAAGUAGCCUAAAUUGGAUUAUAGGAGGCUUUGCUCUGUUUCUGUUUUGAGGUCUCAUUCUCUCUAUCUCUUAAUAUAUAUACAUAUAUAUUGGUGUGUCAGUAAUGGUCUGAAAGAUGAAGCGAAGCCUUCACUGCAAUCAAAGUCAACAAAUCUGAGGAUAAACAAAUUAAAUGAUGAUUCCUAUAUAUAUCUAAGCUGCAUGUACUAGGAUUCAAGCUUGCUAUCAAAAUAAUGUUCGACUUUUGUGUUAAUUAUGUAAUUAUAUGGAUAGCCUGUACCUUGUUUUGCUACUUGGCAUCCAGCAUGGUUGUGUAUACAGAUUUUUGACCCCCAUGUAUAAAAGGUUCUGAAUAAUCCUAUCUUGGCAGAAUGUUAUCAAAGAAUUCUACAAAGUUUAAAAUC